AUGGCUAAUACAUAUUUGGAUAGUUUACCAGUCGAAUUAUUUUAUCAAAUAUUUUCUCAUCUUUCAGGUUGUCAUAUAUUACGAGCAUUUUAUUCAAUAAAUAAUUAUUUGAAUGAUAUUCUCAUUAGUUAUAAUGACUAUAUUUUGGAUUUAUCUUCAUCGAACAUAUCAAAAAAUGAAAUAGAUCUUGUUUGUUCAUUUCUACGAUCAGAACAAAUUGUUGGAUUGAAAUUUGGUAAAAGUAAUUUUGAUUUGGUCAAUCGAUUUCUAUCAAGUUUUUCAAAUCAACAAUCAUUCAGUCGUCUUCGUUCACUUUGGAUUAAUGAUACAAUCAUAAUUGAUCAAUUAUUUAUGUCAAGAUUAGCAUCAAUAAUUAACUAUGAUGACCUCAUUUCACUUCGUUUCGAUCGUAUUCAUCUUGGUGAUCUUUAUAUAUUAUCAAGUUACUCGUUUGAUUCUCUUUCACGUCUUGUUACAUCUUCGAGUAACCAGUUUCGUCAAUUAUCUAAAGAGAUACCAACUCAUUUGACAUAUUUGCAUAUGUAUUUUGACUCUAUUAAUGAUAUAGAUCAAUUUAUUCUUCCCAAUAUGCAUCAAUUGAAAUCACUCGGUGUUGGUAUUCAGUGCAGUUUAAAUGAUAUCCAUCAAUUUAUGUUCCUUUUCAGAAAUUAUCAAUGGACUCAAUUAAUUCAAUUCAAUCUCAAUUUCAACGUUGAAAUUAAUCUUCAAUUUUAUAUGUUACAAAGAAUAUUAUCGACAAUGCAUCGACUAAAAUAUUUGACAUUAAUAUUGUCCAAACCAUUGGCAACGGAUAAUAAUAUAUUGAGUGGAAUUCAGUGGAAAAUAUUUCUAAGAACAUCGCUCAUUUUCUUGAAAACAUUUAAUUUUAAAUUUUCUAUUGAACAAACAUUCGAACAAGAUAUUUAUUAUCUUUUGAAUACAUUUAAAUCAAGAUGGUGGUUGAAAACAAAACGAUGGUUUGUCGAAUAUGAUGCUCAUGAAAAUAUUCUCAUUACUGUACCUUAUUUUGCUUCAAAAACUUUUGAUAAUCGUCAUUCAUAUUCAUUUGAUUUAAUGCAGAAUCCUCAAAUAUUUUAUUCAAAUAUCAAUUAUUUAAGUAUUGAUUUGGAUAAUUGCAAUGAAAUAGAACAAUUAUUGGUGUCUCCACUAGUAUCUCAAUCACGUUUUAAUAAUGUGAUACAACUCUCAUUGAAUGGAUAUUUAACAACAGAUGUUUAUGAUGCAAUUCGAAAUAAUGUUGAUCUGAAUAUGAUUCAACAUUUUGAGUUUUCAUCAACUAUUGGCACCACUAAAGCCUUUAUUGAAUUAAUUGAAAAUAUGACUAAUCUUUCUUCUAUUCAUAUUCAGUACUUCCAUAGUCUCGAUCUAUUUAAUCUAGUUUCAUCACCAAAUUUUUCUAUUCGACAUCUUGUUUUAUUCGAUUAUGAACCAACAACAAGAAAACAACUUUUCUCUCAUAUAUGUCGAAUCUUUCCACGAUUAACCCAUUUGACAACAGACUAUCAUUCACGACGAAGACUUUGUUAUUUAUUAAAUGAACUUGUUCAUCUUGAACAACUCACUUUACGUUUAGCUCAAGAUCAAUAUGCUCCAAAUUAUUCUUGGAUCAAGCAACAUAGUCGACUACAAAUGAGUUCAUUUGAAAUGAGAGUAUUUAAUAUUGCUUAUAGAGAAAGAAAGCUAGUUUUGUGGAUCAAUACCAAUAAUAAUAUGGAACAUCAAGGUCGUCAUCAACAUCAUACAUUAAACAUAUGUUCUAUUCAAUAA